GAAGACUGUUCCAUCUUCUUUUAUAAUCUCAUCUCCAUCGUCGUCUUCAUUUCUCUCUACAUCUUCCAAGCUCGAAGAACAGCCUUCGCUUUGAAAAAGUCAAACGCUUUUUUUUAUCAGUGUUCAAAAUUAAAUCGAAAAUUCUCUCCUACUCGAAUUCCGGCAAUGGAUGGUGGAGAUUUGGGGCGACUCGCCGGCACCGAGAUUCAUGGAUUCCAUACAAUGAAAGAUUUGGAUGUUCAAACUAUGUUUGAAGAAGCAAAGUCAAGAUGGUUACGUCCAAAUGAAAUUCAUGCUAUACUUUCCAACCACAAAUACUUCACGAUCCAUGUGAAGCCGGUGAACUUGCCCAAAAGUGGUACUAUAGUAUUGUUUGACCGAAAGAUGCUCAGAAACUUCAGAAAAGAUGGUCAUAACUGGAAAAAGAAAAAGGAUGGAAAGACUGUUAAAGAAGCUCACGAACACUUAAAAGUUGGUGAUGAAGAAAGGAUUCAUGUAUACUAUGCACAUGGCCACGAUAAUCCAACUUUUGUUCGGAGGUGUUACUGGCUGCUUGAUAAGAAUCUGGAAAACAUAGUUCUUGUUCACUAUCGUGAAACAAAGGAGUUGCAGGGUUCUCCAGCCACACCUGUGAAUUCAAAUUCCUGUUUAACUGAUCAGUCUACUACUUUGCUUCUUACUGAGGAGUUUGAUUCUGGGGCUACUAAUGCAUAUUAUGCAGAUCCCAGUGAGAGAAUUAAAGCAAAUCAUGAAACGACUCUUCAUGAGAUUAAUACGCUUGAAUGGGAUGAGCUUCUGGCGACAAAUGAUACCAACGGCUCAACUGUACCUAUUGGAGACAAGAAUUCUACUUUCUUUGACCAAUGGAACCAAAAAACAGUUAAUGGCCUCUCAUGUGAUGGUGGCCCCAUCCCUGCCUAUGAUUCAUCAACAGAUAUAGCAUUGCUUGACAGUUUGGCUGAGCCAGUUGCUCACAGUAACAAUGCCUACCUCAACAACCCAGGGGCUGUUUAUUAUCAGAUAUCAGGUGCCCAAGUAAAUUCUAACGUGCAGAGUGAAGACUCUGGUGCCAUAGGGACAGUUGAACCAUUGGACCUUUUGGUCAAUGGUGGUUUACAAAGUCAGGACAGUUUUGGAAAGUGGAUAAACAACACUUUGACUGAAUUACCAUGUUCAAUGGGUGAUCCUGUGUUAGAAUCAUCGAAUUCAUCUGGUCACGAUUCAUUCACCUCGCGAGAGCAAAUAUUUAGCAUAACUGAAGUAUCACCUGCAUGGGCCUAUUCAACUGAAAAGACAAAGAUUUUAGUCACUGGAGUCUUUCAUCAAGCUUAUCAACAUCUUGCUAAGUCCAAUUUGUUUUGUGUAUGCGGUGAUGUAUGUUACCCAGCAGAAACUAUUCAAGUUGGGGUUUAUCGCUGUUUGUUAUCACAACAUGCCCCAGGAUCUGUGAAGCUGUAUAUGAGUCUCGAUGGCCGUAAACCCAUCAGCCAAGUUCUUAGUUUCGAGUAUCGUGCUCCUUUAUUGCAUGACCCAGUAGUUUCUCUAGAAGAUGAGUCCAGGUGGGAGGAGUUCCGGUUGCAGAUGAGGCUUGCUUAUUUGCUCUUCUCAACUUCCAAGAGCCUUAAUAUUCUCUCCAGUAAAGUGUCACCAACUUCAGUGAAGGAGGCUAGGAAGUUUGAUCAAAAGACUAGCAACAUAUCUAAUAGCUGGACUUAUUUGAUUCAGUCAAUUGAAGCAAAAAGAGCUUCAUUUACACAAGCAAAAGGAAGUUUAUUUGAAAUUGCUUUAAAGACCAGGCUAAAGGACUGGCUGUUGGAAAGAAUAAUUGAUGGCAGUAAAACAACCGAACAUGAUACUCAAGGUCAAGGAGUGAUUCAUUUGUGUGCCAUUCUUGGUUAUACCUGGGCUAUUUAUCUAUUUUCAUGGUCCGGUUUGUCGCUCGAUUUUCGUGAUAAAAAUGGAUGGACAGCUCUGCAUUGGGCAGCAUAUUAUGGCCGGGAAAAAAUGGUUGCUGUUCUUUUGUCUGCAGGGGCAAAACCAUACUUGGUGACAGACCCCACCACCCAAAAUCCGGGUGGUUGCACUGCUGCCGAUCUUGCAUCUUUGAACGGUUAUGAUGGACUAGCUGCUUAUCUUUCGGAAGAGGCUCUAGUGGUACAUUUCAAUGAUAUGGCACUAGCCGGGAACGCUAGUGGCUCUCUCCAAACCAGUAGAAUAGAGGCAGCAAACCUCAUUAACCUUAACGAAGAUGAACUAUAUUUGAGGGAAACUUUAGCAGCUUAUAGGACAGCGGCUGAUGCUGCUGCACGUAUAAACACUGCUUUUAGAGAGCAUUCCUUCAAAGUACGAGCUAAAGCAGUCGAGUCUAGCAAUGCAGAGGAUGAAGCAAGAAGUAUAAUUGCUGCUAUGAAGAUUCAACAUGCCUUUCGCAACUAUGAUGCCAAAAGAAAAAUGUCUGCUGCUGGUCGCAUCCAGUAUCGGUUCCGUACUUGGAAGAUGCGUAAAGAUUUCCUUAAUAAGCGUCGCCAGGCUAUCAAAAUCCAAGCCGCUUUCCGGGGCUUCCAAGCGAGGAGGCAGUACCGUAAGAUUGUAUGGUCAGUCGGUGUACUUGAAAAAGCGAUUCUGCGAUGGCGACUAAGGAGAAAAGGUUUUCGUGGACUACAAGUAAACACAGACGAAGCAGUUGAAGAGCAAAAGUCGGAAUGUUUCACAGAAGAAGCAUACUUCCAAAGCAGCCGAAAACAAGCUGAAGAACGUGUCGAGAAAGCUGUUAUACGAGUUCAAUCUAUGUUCCGUUCAAAGAAAGCACAGCAAGAAUACCUGAGAAUGAAGUUGGCUCAUGAUCUAGCAACGUUGGAAUACAAAAGCCUUCUCGGCCCUCUUUCCGAUAUGGAGCUCAAAGAAAGUAGAAACUAGAGGAUCAAGGAAAAGUACAGCAUAGAGACGUGGUAGUUCCGUAUGUAUAUAAGAACAUUAAGAUUAAUCUACAUCUCAAGUACGGUAACUCUCCAUGAAACCGGAGCAUAUAUGGUGUACGUAUCUAGUUGAUACAAAUAAAUACUCUCUAGAAUUAGGUUAA